GACGCUGGAGCCAUUAGGCCGUGUGCGCCCGCAAGCGUUCCGAUCAUCGGCUUCAUCGGCGCUUCGGGCUCGAAUCGGUUGCCGCACGAGGGCUCCGAAUUCAUUUCCUUCGUGAUACGGACCCCCGGGCUCGUCGAGAUUGCAGCAUUGCAGCUCGAGAAUUCGCCGCGAGCGUGAAUUGUACGAGCUUUCCAAGUGAGAUUUUUCCGUCCCGCGGUUCAGGGAAGGAGGGGAGGGGAGGGGACUUGGGACGCGUGGGUCGGUGAUCGACUCGUGAUCGUCGGCGGCUGCGUGCGCCAUGGAUGCCUGUCGAGAACGGCGGGGGGGUUGAUUCCAGCUGUUGUUGCACGUCAUGGCGUCUCCUCCUCUGCGGGGCGAGAAUCGUCCUGUCUAGCCGCCACACGGCGACGACUCGAAGGAUCGCAUAAGAGCUGCAGAAGGGUGGAGGAGCUGGCGCAGCAGUCGGUCGGUCGGUCGGUCGGUCGGUAAGUCAGUGAGCAUCGUGAAGAGAUCGAUCGAACCAUUCAUGAGACGGCGGAAGUGAGCGGAGAGAAUAAUCCCAAGACAGCAGGAGCUCGUUUGCAAGCCAGAUCAAUGAAAACUGAAGGUCCGAAUUGCAGGUCCUUCAGCGGGGCGCAGUACAGUCUGCAGGCACCUUCGACCUUGGAUCUGGACACGGAAUUGUACAUCCAGCCUCCGGAGAGGGGCCAGAACGAGGCAGAGCGGGACAUGCUCUACUACUGGAAGCGAUCGACCGCUCUCACCGACGAGUGCGCGCAUCAGAAGCGCCAGAGGCUGAUGCUGUCGUGCAGUGUGGAUGAUUCCGCCGGGACCGCAGACGGUGAAGGAGGAGGAGGCGGCGGCGGCGGCCCGAGCACCUUCUCGGCCGGAUCUCACUGCGGCGGCGCUCACAGCGACAUGGACAACAACGAGAGCCAGUUCUCGCGAGACUCUCCGCAUCCUCGCCACCUCUGCUCCGUAUUCCCGUUCAUUCCUCCGCCAUGCUUAUCCAACAGCGCCCACUGCAACAAGUGCUGGUGCUAUUCUUGCGAAGAAUUGGCACCGUGCUCGCUGUGGGGCACGGGGCUGAACAACUCCGAUCACUGCAAUGCGACUGCCUCCAGCUGGUACUGGGCCAAGCACAAGAUAGGAGCGAGCCAGCCGGACGCGGACGAUGGCGGAUUGGCGGCCAUCUCGGAGCGACCGAGCUCCAUGAGCGGCCUCUCACACGGGCUCUACGGACCUUCCAUUUACCCCCUCACUCUGACCAGCACUUUCGAAAGCCUAGGCGAGAACAAGCUACUGCAUGGCGAGUCUACGGACAACGAAUGCUACCCGUCUUGUAGCCCAUCCUCUUCUAUCAUCCUGGUUGCGAACAGACCGCGCACUGAUCCCUCUGCAGAUUGCCAGUGGUUUGAGUUCGGUACUGUACGUGUACCCGUACGAAUGCGGCAGCCCGAGAGAACGCUGGAGGACCUGAUAGAAAAUCUGGACAGAUUUUCUCUUGAUAUCUUUUCUCACAUUUUGGGUGAAGGGAAAGCGUCUCAGCUGGAGCACGUAGAGCUUGUUGGAGAUGGAAGGGCAUCAUUUCAGCACCAAGCUCUACUUGCGGAGUUAAUAGCUAACGAAGCACAAGGUCAACUCCAAGUUAUAGUGAACAUAUCUCCCGAAGCUGAAGACAGGAACCUGGGGAUUGCGCAUAUUCGAGUAUUUCUGAAAAAGGCAAGAGGCGAUGAGCUGUUUUUCCUGAAAGAGCUUUUGAAGGAGGUUUUCCCCGAGGACAGUGGCCUCCAAAGCUACUUACUACAAGUGGACGAGAUGAGGAAGUGGGCUGAAAGUUGCGACGAUUGGACCUCAGUUGCUGGUUUGUUAAGAGACUUGGAAAGUAAUGGAUACGGCGAAGCGCCUCAACCCUCUGGGCUGUCAGUUCCUCUGCGACCUUAUCAAAGGCAGUCUCUGCAAUUCAUGCUCGAUGCCGAACACAGAGAAGGCGGGCUGUUGAGUCUGAAUUAUCACAAGCUCCCAUCGACACCUUCAGGUCAUUCUUUGAUGUAUUCGUCCACACUUGGACAUUUGAUGGAGACCAAAGAGAGCGGCACUGUACGAGGAGGGUUUCUUUGUGAAGAGAUGGGACUUGGUAAAACCAUCGAGAUUCUGGCACUCAUACUCGCAAAUCCCUGCACGGUGGAAAAAUGCCCUCCUGGUUCUUCUAAAGGCACCCUGGUUGUUUGCCCAGUUUCGAUCGUUGGCCAGUGGGCGAAUGAAGUGAAGAGCAAGUUGGCAGCAAAUUUGAGUAUCUACAUGUACCAUGGCUCCAAAAGAAUUCGAGAUCCAAAGAAGCUGGCAAAGUAUGACAUUGUCAUCACAACCUACGCCACUCUCGGAAGCGAUUUCAGCAAAGCUACUCAGGCAACUAGACAUGGGUCCGGAUUUGCAGAGCAAUUUUGUCCUCUGCUCACGGUCAACUGGUGGAGAGUGGUGCUAGACGAGUCACACACCGUCAAAGAUCCUGCACCUCUGCAUUCCCGUGCUUGUGCUAAGCUAAAAGCUGAAAGAAGAUGGUGCUGCACAGGAACACCGAUUAACACAAGCAUAUAUGAUCUUUACGGUCAGUUUCUAUUUCUGAAGCUGGAGCCUUUGGAUAAUAAAGGGGUUUUCCGAAGGAGGAUUGGCCGACCAUAUGAGCGGCAGUGUAAAAGUGAUGAUCAAACAGUUCUUCUGUGGACGCUGAACAAGAUGAUGAUACGGCACACAAAGCAGCAAAAGUUCAAUGGCAGAGAGCUCCUCAGACUUCCUCCUAAAACUGAGCAAGACAUACCAGUGUUCUUUACCAGUGAAGAACGCAGUGCCUACGCGGCUGUCUACCAGAAAGUUAUCUCAAAGUUUGAGCAAUUCCGUUGCUGGGGUCCGACUGUCGUGAGCAAGAAUAUCCUUCAAAUCAUGUCACUCCUACUACCUCUCCGGAGGCUUUGCAGCGGUGGAUUUGUUUCCAAUUUCGACCUCAACAUGACUAAGCGAGAGCAGAGUCCAAGCGGAGGCUGUUCGGAUGUUGGCCACAGCAACAGUAUCUCACUACCAGCAGCUGAAGCCGAUGGAGUCGACGAUGUAGAAGGAGAGUGUGGAAUUUGCUUCGAUUUGAUGGAAUGUCCAACAAAAACCCCCUGUGGCCACUGGUUCUGCAGUGAGUGUAUAAUGUCGACCAUUGGACUGGGCGCACAAGGUUUGUGUCCUAUUUGUAGAAGUUCUGCCACAGCAAGCGAGCUGAUUACCUUUCAAUCCAAGUUGAAGGGAAUCAUGAUGACAUCCCUUUACGAUAAUGCUUCAUCGUCAACUGGAUCUCUCAUGGAAGAUGAAGCUGCAAACGCAAAAGGGGUGCAGAUGAAUUCCAAAUUGAAGACUUUGCUUGCGGAUUUGGAUAAAGUCAGAGAAGAAAAUCCAGGCGCUAAGGUACUCAUAUUUAGUCAGUUCAUGCAAACCAUAGCAUGGCUUAAAGUGGAAUUCAAGAAGCAGAAUAUCACCUACCGAUUUAUAAGUGGAGAUAUGCCGAUGAAGAAAAGAGCUCAGGCCAUUGAAGCUUUUCAAAAGGAUCCACCAACAACUGUUUUUUUACUGUCAAUACGCACGGGAGCCGUUGGCAUCACUUUGACAGCUGCAUCUCACGUUUAUAUGCUGGAACCGUGUCUCAACCCUGCUCUUGAGGAGCAAGCAGUAGGCCGUUGCUGGAGGAUGGGCCAGGAGCGUCCCGUUGUCAUCAAAAGGCUCUACGUGGAGAAUUCUGUAGAAGCGAACAUUUUGAAGCUUCUACGCAGCCGAUAUGCACCCGCUAAUACCUCCGAUUCACCAGAUUCGGAUUCCUCAACAAGGCCGGCUAGGGGCGGGAAGAAUGGAGUAGCGGAUGUCGCUGGUUGCAUACGUACAGACAAGCAAAACCUACGGCUGAACGAAUUUGAAAUCCUCUUCUCAUAAAUCGUGAGCCAGUCGGUUCCCCUUGGCACAUAAUCCACAUUUACUAAGAAGGCGUAAGCGUACGGAUCGAUCGCUUCAUCAUCUUUUCCCUGGAUCCAGGAGCAAGAAUGUGCAAUUCCGGUCAAGUUUAAUCAGGAGGUUGAAUGCAGUCCACCGGGCCUAUAUUCCGCUUAACGCAGGUCCCCGCAGGAUAUAGGUUCAGAAACAGAACGAAGUUGGUUUUCGUCUGUGACCGAGUGAGUGAAGCAAAAAUAAAUAUAAGUAGGAACAGAGACUUUCGGUAGAUUUCAUCCCAUUCAUCGCCUGGAGUUAUGUCGUACCACCUGUCCCCGCAGUCUCUAUGGCUGCGCUAUGAAUGGACGGGUGUCUCAAGCGUUAAUUCUGUAACAAAAUGGGAGAUUGAAUAAAUAAAUCUCGCAAUUGGGAGGUUCGAUCCAUGAGACGAUACACCCCGUGCAUGCUGUAAGAGGCAAAAGCUAUGUAUGCCUGCAUUGUUCAAGAGGGUGCGGCAGGGAGGGAGGCUGAGGAAGAUGAACGACGGUGUAAAACCUCCCUGAGC